ACCGAGCCGUCGUGGUUCUCGUGGUUGUCCUGACGAUAACAAUAAGCGUAGCUACUGAUUUCUCACAUCGAUGUUACGAACGUUUGAAUCUGACAUUGUGAGAAAUUAGUAGCUAUGCUAGCUUUGUUAAUGUAUCAGAAUUGAAUGUUUCUAUCAUCUUUGUGUGAAACUAGCUAAUAAACCUGUAGCUGGUUGUAAGAGCGUCUCUCCGACCACGUCGCUCCUCGGAGGACGCUGAUUGGUCCGAACCGCUGUGGUUAUAACGAAGCGUUUUUCUGUGUCAGACGGGACGUCGUCUGUGUGCGGCGUCGGUGGUGCGACAGCAGGAAGUGGAAGUGAAGAUCCAAAGUGUUCCUACUACAGCAAACAGCCUGCGUCUCCCUGAGGUGCUGCCUGAUUUAAUCAGCGGGGCGAGACUCCUCCGAGAGGAGACCAACAGACGUCUCCAUGGUAACCAGAAGGAGGAGGAGGAGGAGGAGGAACAGAAGUACCUGCUGUCGGCUGGAGGGAGGGAGAGAGAAAGAGCCACAUAUGUGUGAGGAUCAUGCCUAUCACCAUGGCAACUGUGGUUCAUUUCCACCCUGUGGUCCUUCGGGCUGCUGUAGGUGGAAUCAGUCGUCUUUAAUUUGUGAUCAAAUGUUCGAGGUUUUGUCCUGAUGAAGACCUCUGUGCUGAGGAAUCUGCAUCGAAACAAAGCAGCAGAUCUGUUUGAGCUCUCUGACUCUGAGCCGGUGGCGUCAUUGUGUGAUUCCUGGAGGUCAGUUUGUUUAAACACUGAGCGCACAGAGGACGACCAGUUCAGGAAGUUAAAUGAGCUGGUGAAGCAGCGUGGGAUCAUGGGAGUUGUUGUCUUCACCACCAUCACUGUCAGUCCUUCAGUGUUCAUGGUUCAGGAGGUUUCCACAGCUAACAGCAGCAGUUAGCAGCUAAAGGGGGGGGUGAGACGGGAUGAGCUGAGGGCCGCUGUCAGAUAAAUAAUGCUGUUUGUGAAUCGUACAAAGAGUCUCAGACUGAGAGCACAGAGCUGCAAAUGAGCAGAACAGGUCCCUUUAAUGCAUUUUGACUCUAAUUAUAGACCUGAAAGCAGGACUCGUGCUACUCUGUUUCCAUCAUGCUGUCAGUUACAUUUAAGGAAGCCGUAGUAAACCGGCCGGGUUUUUGAAACACAAGCUGGAAUUGUCAGAUUAGUCAAAUUAAGGAUGAAAUUGGAGCAAGUAGAGCUGAUGAGCAGAUAACUCCACAGUUUCAGAUUGCUGUGGGUCGGUGUGAGUACUCACAGCCAGCGGCAUGCAAAGCAGUUUCUCUGAUGCACAAACAGCAGCACGGCCGCAUGUCCGCUGGGGAAACCUGCAACUCAGAUAGAUUCACGCCAGCUGAAAGAGCUCAGACACGUUCCUCUGGAUCAAUAAUGGAGCAGAUCACUGUGAUCUUUGAGCGGUUCCACCCCACCGACUGUUAGAAACCUGCAUCUCUGCUCUGAAUCCAGCCGACAUGGAGACGAGGAACGAAACACUUGAUCCGAGCAGCCUCUUUUCAUGCCGUUGCCGUGGCAACAGAGGAGAGAACAUCCUCGCAGCCCGCCGUGUGCGAGCUUCAGAUCAAAGGCCAGUGAUGAUGAUGUCGGAGAAUUUGGAGCAGAGUGAUGAUGUCAGCCUCCUGCACCCCCAUGAGGUGGAGCCCCCCAGGGAGGAGGACGGACACUGCCCCCUGCCCUUCAGGCUGCAGCUCAUCGACGACCUGUCCUACGAAGACGUGAAGAAGUGUUACAGAGGAUCAACUGUCAGCAAGUACAACUCUCAGUAUCACAAACUGUUCCAGACUGUCCCUAAAGAGGAGAUCCUGAUGAAAGUGUAUUCGUGUGCAUUGUUGAGAGACAUCCUGCUGCAGGGACGUCUCUACAUCUCCAGGAACUGGCUGUGUUUCUACGCAAACCUGUUUGGUAAAGACAUCAAGGUCUGUAUCCCGGUGGUAUCAGUUCGGCUGGUGAAGAAACACAAGACGGCCGGCCUGGUGCCAAACGGCCUGGCUAUCACCAUGGAUACCGGACAGAAGUAUGUGUUUGUGUCCCUGCUGUCCAGAGACAGCGUCUACGACGUCCUCAGGAGGAUCUGCACUCACCUGCAGGUGAACGGGAAGAGUCUGAGUCUGAAGCAGUACCUGGAGGAGCCCAGCUCUCUGUCCAUGGACGAGUUUCCGGAGGUGUUAAAGUGGAGGAGGAAGCCGUCACUCCCCGCCGUCUCCUCGUCCCUACCAGACCUGCUGGGAAACUCCUCCCCCGGCCUCACCGCGGACACGCCCUUCAGCACGCACACGCUCACCGGUAGGCCCACCCACCUGUCAGUCAACAGUCACAUGAUGCUGAACACGCAGAGUGAGCCGCGUUUCCUUCUGUGUGCAGACAGCAGCUUGGAAACAGAGAAGAUCCUGCUCACAGAACCAGUACCUGAACUGGGUCACAUGGAGUACCAGCUGCUGAAACUCUUCAUCCUGCUUGUCUUCCUGUUAGUCCUGUCGUCCUGCUAUCUGGCCUUCAGAGUCUGUCGUCUGGAGCAGCAGCUGAGCUUCCUGAGCAGCCAGCCGACACUGAGAGAGAGGUGUGGCGAGGUGCCUUGCUGGCUGGCCAAUCAGAGGACAGGAACCUGAUGCUGAAGCCAAUCAGGGAGUAAAGAAGAAACCUGCACUCACAUAGAUUUCCCACUAGGGGCCGGCGAUGAGAGGAGACAGCUCUCAGGAGCAGAUAGACGACUGCAGCAGCCGUCAGCAUCUGAACUCUGACCCCGCCGCGACCUGGUUACCAUAGAGACGUCACAAUAGUCAACAGAAACAGUAGACUUGAACUUAGACCUCUGAGGACGAAGCGUUUGACGCAGAGGUCACAUAGAGGUCGGCAGGCUGGAGAAACGACAACAUGCUGUAACAUAAGUGAGAUGUAGAUUUGUAUUGUGUGAAUGUGUGUGUGUGUGUGUGUGUGUGUGUACACAUAAGGAUCCACAUAAGACUAACACACACCGGUCUGUGGACGUAGUUCAGGUUAAAGGUGUUCAUACAGGAGUUGGGAGGAGCUGCUGCUAGUUCCUGGCGUCUUUUUCCUACUUCACUACCCAUGAGCCUCAGCUGCUGUUGCUAUGGAGAAAAGCCGGUCAGCGUGGUAACAGAUGCAAAACACUUGUUUGAUUUGUAAACAAAAGACUGCUUCCCCAUCCAUAAUACUAACUUCUGGAUUCUGACAAACUGUUGAUUUUAGCCAACAAUAAAUGAUGGAACAGCACAAAGCUAACGAUAGCUUUCUACUAGCCAAGAGCGAUGUGAGGGAGGGGCAUCCGGCUACGAUGCUGACUGCAGUUCACCCAACGGCCACUGGUGGCGCUGUUAACGUUCUUCUGAAAGUUACAUAUUAAACCUUUAAAGAAAGCUUUAAAAUGUGAAUUUAUGUUGGAAAAACAUCUGGAACCUGCAGCUCUGCUCACGUCACUGCUCUAUAGUUUGUGUGUUUUCUGCCAUUUUCAUUCAUAUCUCAACUGCCAGAUUUUUAAAAAACAAUUAUUAUUAAAAGUCACAGAGUUUUUAAGAUGAACAAAGUGCCAGAAUUCAGAACAUCAUCUGUAAAAACACAAAAAUAAACAAAAUCAAUAACUAUAAGUCUAAUUGCUGCCUUAACUUGCAAUGUAGCCUCUGAUAUUGUUUUUAAUAACAGUUCAUGUGGAGAAUUCAAGCCAUGUCCUACUAAAGGUUGAAUGUUAGAGUGUAGAUAAUGUGAACCUGAAUCCCGCUGCAACUUUGGGAUGAUUCUUGUUUUUAAAAUAAACUUUCUGUGCCAAAUCUGUGAAUGAUGUGUUUGUUUACCAGAGCUGGACUCCUGUGUAGAAACCACCUUCGUCUCUGUUAAAGAAAACACAAAUAAAUGUACCUGAUACAGCUGAAAUGUAGAGUUUAUAUUUGAAGCACUGGUGCUGUUUAUAUAUCUUUUAACUCAGAUUUUAGUUCUGGUUGUAACACAAAAAUCACUAAUAAACACAUUUACAUCUCUG